AGAUGGAACUGCGCCCUCGAACAAAAGGCGAGGAAACGAACUCAAGGUUGUCCUGCGACCCUAGGAGGAGGACCAAAAAAAGGAUGGAAUUUCUACUACAACACUCUAGCAGCCUCUGACAAACAAGCAAAGUACCAGUUCCUAAGCGAUGCAGUAGACGCGUGGCUCGCACCUACGGAUAACUAUGCCUUGGGACCAAAUGCUACCUUUACUGACAAACGUUUGUACAGUUUCGCCAAUAUGGUAUACGAGAAGAUUUACGAAGUCGGUUGCAAUUAUGAACAAUGUGAAAGCGGAGGCUUAACCAAAGCUUCGCUCAUGUGUAUCUACAAUACCAAUGUUCCCUUGUACACAAAACUGUACGAAAUAGGAAGCACGAAUCAGACUAUUGCGGGUUGUGCAUGGAAUAAUGCAGUGUGUAAACAUCUUCAGCUACCUAAUCCGGAACCUGCCAUAUGUGACGAUCUUCUCUGCAAAUUGCCUUACAAGGUUCAGAACGGAUUCCUCUGA